UCACAGGAGAUUUGGCCUCAUGUGAGACAUCAGUUGGUGUCAUUUAACACACGAGGCCCAGCAUCAACGUGAUAUGGAUGACCUCCUUUAUGACCUCAUCAACAUCACUAGACAGCUUCUCAAUAGCUGGAGUGAAUGAUCCGUCUGAAGGAGUUUAAAUUUUAAAGGUUUCUACUAAGCAAUUUUGAGUGGUGAAACACGCACUGAUCAAGAUCAACUGUUGUUGGUGCAGCAGGCUGUGACCAUCCUAUGGGAGACUACCACCAAAUGUCCCCCUAAGUUGCACCAUCGAAACUGUCCUUCAAAAAAACCAAACAUGUCAAUUCCAGACAGGAUUCUGACCCCAGUGCUUGAAGAACUGCCAGACUACAAAAUGAUGGGCUGCAUGGGGGAAGGCAGCUUUGGGUAUGUUGUGCAAUGUAAGAACCUUAAAACCAAAGAGAUAGUAGCUGUGAAGAUUUCAAAAGACACAUCAAGUCCAGAUGAUGUGAAGGAGAGUGGAGAGUUGAUCACGCUGCAAAAGCUGCGUCGGUUGGAUCCUGACAGAGCUUGCCUCAUCAAAUACCACGACUACCACCACGUUUGUGGACGUGUGGUCAUCGUCUUUGAGAAGCUGGACAUCACCAUCUAUGACUACAUGAAGAAGAGGGGCUGGGCUCCAAUGCCCAUUUGUGAUUUAAAGAAUAUCAUGAAAGAUAUUGCCACGGCAUGUAAGGCGCUGAAGGAAGUUGGCGUGAUUCACACAGACAUGAAGCUGGACAAUGUGAUGCUGGUGGACCAGAGGAAAAGACCACUGAGGACGAAGCUGAUCGACUUUGGAGAAUCAGUGAAAACAAAACAAGUCUGUACUGGGACCAUCGUCCAGGCUUUGCCUUACAGGGCUCCAGAAGUUAUUUUGGGCCUCAGAUAUACUGAGGCGAUUGACAUUUGGUCUCUGGGCAUGAUCACCGCUCAUCUGUUUAUAGGAUUUGCUCUCUGUCCGGGGACAAAUGAAUAUGAAACCAUGCGUUGCAUAAUUAAACUUUUGGGGAAACCUCCCAAAAAAAUGUUGGAUGAAGGGAUCUACACCAGGCUGUACUUCUACAAAUGCCCUGGAGUAAACACUUCCAAGAAAAUCUGGACUUUCAAGACACCAGAGCAGUACGAGAAGGAAAACCGCGUGAAACCCAAAGACAGACGGAAGCGCAUUUUGUCAUCGUUGGAUGAGAUCAAGUCUUUGCCUUUGCACAAUAAAAGGAGCCAUAGCUCUGAGGAGAUCAGCGCUUGCGUGGAGCUGAUGAAAAAAAUGCUUCAGAUCGAUCCCAAGAACAGAAUUUCAGUGUAUGCCGUCCUCCUUCAUCCAUUUUUAACAGAUGACCUAAGCUUGAUGUCUGAAAGUGAGCUGUAGAUCUGUUCUUGUCAUUUGCACUUUACCUCACAAAUGAAUUUAUGAUUGUGUUUAUUUUAUAAAUAA